CGUUACUUACGCGGCUGACGUCAUACAACGACCGCACAAUUUCAAAUUACGGGGUUAGCGAUAUAUGCGAUACUGUUCAAAAUAUCGCCAAAAUUUCCCGCUUUUUAGUGUUUUUGUGGGUAAUUUUGCAGAUGAAGGGUAUUUUAGCUACCCAGGAGUCUGUCUAGGUCCUUCUUUUGUGUGAUCUUUGUUGUUUUCGUUCGUUAUUUUGAUUUUUGCUGUCCGAUAUUAUUAGCCGCGGUCCAUCCCAAGGGAAAAUGGCGGAAGACCUCCAGGAUAUAGACAUGGUGGAGACCAGGGUGUGUCUGGUGGGACCAGAUGUGCAGGGGAACCAGGCACUUACUAAAGCUUUACAGAAACUAAACCUUCCCGUGGUGAAGUCUUCUACCGGAGAAGAAUACAUGUCGGACUCAGACGACUACGACACAGUCUUCAUACUGGCUGAGUUCGAAGGGCCGGGGUUCGAAGCCCUGCACAAGUCCAACCUCAGGUCGCGGGUUCUAGGCCCGUCUGCUGUCGUACAUUGUGCAGAGGUGGGAGAGACACUACCCAGUGUGCAGCGCCCCCUGUACUGCACUUCCAUGAAGGAUCUCAUCCUCUGUUUUACCGGCUUCAGACAGAAAGAGAAAUUGUCGCACCUGGUAGACCUUGUCCAUUUUAUGGGAGGCAGCAUCAGGAAGGACUUCAGCACUAAAGUCACACAUUUGGUGGCAAACUCUACUUCAGGAGACAAGUACAGGGUGGCAGUAAGUCUGGGCACCCCCAUCAUGACAGAGGAGUGGGUACAUCAGUCCUGGCACAGGAGGCACACACCAGCGGCACUUGGUACUGAUGAAGAAAUGUUGAAAUACAAAAUGCAGCCGUUUUUCUGCUGUAUGCUGAGUUUCCAUGGCUUCAGCGAGGAGGAAACAGAGCAGAUGAAAGAGCUGACCAAAAUGCAAGGUGGCACCUGUACACCUGUUGGUGACCACAGCUCCACCCACCUGGUGAUCGAUGACUCGCAGGUGGAAGACUUCCCCAAACAUGUGGACGCCUCCAAGGUGUAUGUCGUCAAACAAGAGUGGUUUUGGGCAAGCAUUCAGAUCGAAGCCAGAGCUGACGAAAUGAUCUACCAGUUCAAGAGGAUGGAAACGCCGGCAAGAGACCUGAAGCCUCCUCUCGGAAGGACGCCCACUUCCCGCGGUAGGAAGCGCCCGCGCCUGAAAGAAACGACGGCCCUGCUCGCUCAGGACAGCGACAACGAUUCCCCGCUGCUUCCCGCGAGGAAACGACGUUCGGGCGCCGGCACGACAGGAAACGAUGCCAAGGCUAUGAUGUCCAUGUCUGGAUCCUUCCUAGACUACACGGAAACACCGGAACGAAUCUUAGACGACGACGAUCUCGGAUUGGAUGAUUCCCCAGCCCCCACACCCGUGCCCCCCACCCCACAGAAACCCCUCUCAGCCAGGCACCAGCGGGUCCUGGAGCUCACACAAACAGAGAAGAACUAUGUCAACAUUCUGCAGACUAUCGUCAGGGUGUUUAAGGAGCCCCUUGAGAACAAAGACCAGCUGGGAGGAUUGCCGCUGGCCCCGGAGGAAGUGAAGACCAUAUUUGGCAGCAUUCCUGAGAUCCUGGAUGUUCACACCAAACUCAGGGACUCCUUGACUGAGAUGGUUGGUGACUGGUCAGAAGAAAAGUCUGUUGGUGACAUCAUCUGUAAAUACAAACCGUUGUUGCUGAAGGCGUACCCCAAGUUUGUCAACUUUUUCGAGAUGAGUAAAGAGACCCUGCAAAAGUGUAUGAGAACACAGCCACGUUUCCAUGCUUUCCUCAAGAUCCAGCAGAGCAAACCUGAAUGUUGUCGGGAGACACUGGGAGACCUGCUGAUCCGACCUGUACAGAGGUUACCCAGCAUCAUUCUUCUGCUUAGUGAUAUCCUGAAGAAAACGGACAAAUCCAACCCCGACCACCUGGCCAUGGAACGCGCCAUCGCCGCGAUCAAGGACGUGUUGGACCACAUCAACGAGGACAAGCGGCGUACGGAGGGUCAGGUCCAGAUGUUCGACGUGGUGAACGAAGUAGAGGGAUGUCCCGCGGACGUCCUGUCGUCACACAGACAGUUCAUCGGGAGGGUGGAUGUGCUGGAGCUGGGGGGAGAGCACGAGCUGUGUGGGAAGGGAGAAUACCUCACCCUGUUUCUCAUGUCUGAUCUAUUAGAGGUAUCCAAGAAGCGACACAGCAUGAUGGCCGAUGUGAAGAGCGUGUUCAAGAGUCCAGGGCUGCUGAAAGCCCCUGCAGGCCCCCUGAAACAUGUGGAACUCUUCAACCUGGCACACAUCAAAAGGGUUGUGGACAUCAGAGACACAGAAGAUUGCAAGAAUGCGUUUGGGCUAGUUUACCAGGCGCCAGGCACGGGUAGUGACGAGGUGUGCCUGUACAUGUUCACCCUGCUGGGGGAGGAGACCACCAAGAGGGACUGGCUACGGUCGCUGUGCAGGCACAUGGCCAACACCACAUGCAAGGCUGACUCCGAAAACUUCCUCCACAGUGUGAACCCAGAGGAUGUGGAGUUAGACAGGAGUGCCAUUCUCAACACUGUGGGCUUCAACAGAAUAGCUAGGGGUUUCUCCAAGAAGGCGAAAAGGGUGACUCGGCAGUUUUCUUUCAGCAAGACUCCUCGGAGAAUGAUCAACCGUGCGGUAUCCAUGGUGAUGAGCCCGGCCGGCAGGGGGGGCCUGCAGAUGCAGCGAGAGGGGGCGGAGACCCCCCUGGGUGACUUACAGGGGGCACGUAACAUGGCAAGCAGUGUAGACCUACAGGGUUCCUUCAACAGGAGGGUUCAAACCAUCGGGGCCAGGCUGGCCGGGGACAGUAAGAUUGUGCGCGCACACGACAGAUUGUGGCGGCGGUCGCCGGUUCUAACCGGUGUAGCACGCAGAAAGUCUGGUCAGCAUGUCCCAAUGUCUCCCAUGGGCACCCUGGUCACCCCCAAGAAAAAGACCAUGAAGAGUGCGUCUCUUGGACACAGCGCCACCAAGCGGCUAUAACUGGAAGUGCAGCCUACCAGACUAUUCCAUCAUGUAUUACUAUUAUAGUUGAUUCCAUGUCUCCAAUGGGCACCCUUGCCACCUGCAAGAAGACCAUGAAGACAUUGGCGCAUGGUCACAGCGCCUCCUUACAGUUAUAACUGGAAGUACAGACUACUCCACCAUGCACUACUAUACUUGUAGUUCAACCCAGGAGUGUCUUCAUACAAGGAAAAUAUGUAAACUACAUGUAUCAAAGAUUGCCCUGUGAUAUAUUUUACAACCUACCAAUAUAGAUUUGGAAAAAGUUUCAAUAAACUAACUUAGAGUAAUACAGUACAUGUAUCUUAAAGAAACUCGUCAGACGAAAGGAUAUUAUUGUCAGUUAUUUUGACAAC